AUGAGCGGGCAGCGACAUGACUCGCGCAACCGAGCGCCGACGCCAGACAGCAUCGAGGGGCAUGGCACGGCGGUCGACUACAACUCGGACAACCCAAACAGUCCCACAUACAGCCCCAUUUCGUCUGUACUCUCCUACCACAGCAUGGCCGACCCCAUAGACAGCGCCCUCUCCAGCGACCUCCUACGGCGACUGAACCCCAAGGACGUCAAGCGCAACGUCGACAACAUCAUAUCCCUCAACCCCUCGCUCGAAGAAGACCUGCUCGAAUCCGUCGACAUCCCGCUCACAGUCAAGAAGUGCUCGAAGACUAAGCGUGACUUCUUGUGCUGCGACUACAACCGCGACGGCGAUAGCUGGCGCAGUCCGUGGAGCAAUGAGUUCGAGCCGCCAAUUGAGGAGGGCGUCACGCCCAGCGACCGCAUAAGGAAGAUGGAGGUCAAGGCGAAUGAGGCGUUUGAUGUGUAUAGGGAGCUGUACUUCGAGGGCGGCAUAUCGAGCGUCUACCUCUGGGACAUGGACGACGGCUUCGCAGGCUGCGUACUGCUGAAGAAGGGUGUCUCUGGCAGCUGGGACAGCAUCCACGUCUUCGACGCCCAGGACCGCGCCCGCACCGCCCACUACAAGCUCACGUCCACCGUAAUCCUCUCACUCGGCACCGACAGCGAAGCCCUCGGUGGCCUCGACCUCUCCGGCAACAUGGUGCGCCAGGUAGAAGCCGACAUGGCUGUUGAGGACGACACAUCGCAUGUCGCCAACAUUGGCAAGAUGGUCGAGGACAUGGAGCUGAAGAUGCGCAACUUGCUGCAGGAGGUCUACUUUGGCAAGGCAAAGGACGUUGUUGGAGAUCUGAGGAGUGAGAAUUGCUAUGGAAUACCAAGGAGCAUCCUUGUGCUAACAAUCCCCAGGCAUCCCAUCGCUCAGCCAGACGAACCGCGAUCGGGCGACACAGAGGGAGAUGAUCAACAGCAUGGGCCGAGGAAGUCCGUGCUUGCACACCGAAUCAAAGUUGUCAGAAUCAUGCACAUACCCGUGAUGGUCAUGCCUGCCAAGCGUCCUGUUCAAGCCAACACCAACAAUGCGCACCGUGCCGAUAGCAUUGCGUUGUGCCGGGCUCAAAGCAUCGAGAAAUUCCAUGAACGGCUCGAAGCUCUCGAUGCUGAAGUGGUUGGACGAGAAGAGGAGUAG